ACCCAGCUAAGGGAAGGUCAGCUAUUUUGGGCUGGCCACUCCUAGCGAAGGGAAAGCCUGUCAAGUUCCUUCUUCCAUGGAGUGUCCUAAAAUAGAAGUCCUGUCUAUUCGUUAGGCUGCACUUUAAUGGAGCACUAAUCAAACCACAGCACAAGUGGGAAACCCAUUGAGAAAGAUUUUUUUAAAAAAACCCAACUUCUUUCAAGACUUCAAUACUUUCGGAAGAACUUCUGGUCCGGCAGUUUAAUCCUUGAUGCGCUGUUUUUCGGGGGAGGUUUUUCUUUCUCACUAAAAGUAUAUUAUAAAUCUUUCACAUCCGUUUUGAAAAGAACAACAAACAAAACAAACAAACAAAUCAGCAAUGAAAUUGAGAGUCGGGAUAUUUUUUGGAGGCUUAUUUGGAGCUCUUGGAAUCUUGUUCUUUUUGGUUGCCUUUGGAACGGACUAUUGGCUUCUUGCUACAGAGGUUGGAAGGUGUUCAGAAGGCAUGAAUGACACCAGGGAAGAGAGAGUAACUUUCCACCAUGAGGGUUUUUUCUGGAGGUGCUGGUUUGAUGGGAAUGUCGAAGAGAAUGCCCACAGUAUGUUAAAGUUUUGGUACACAAACCAGUCGCCUACGAAAAACUGCACCCAUGCCUAUCUUUCUCCGUUCCCUUUCUUCCGAGAUGAGCACAAUUCAACGGCCUACAACUCGGCAAUUAUUUAUCGUGGCUUCUGGUCUGUUCUCAUGUUGCUGGGAGUGGUCACUGUGAUCGUGGCGAGCUUCUUCAUCAUCUGCGCUGCACCCUUUGGUAGCCACGCGUUGUACAAAGUUGGGGGAGGCUUUUUCAUCACUGCUGGUAUUGUCUUCACAUUGGUGGUAAUCCUUUACGUCAUCUGGGUCCAGGCAAUGGCUGAUCUUGAAAACUAUGUGAAUAUGAAGAAAAUAGACUGUCCUGAUUUUUCUGUCUAUGUGCGUUAUGGCUGGUCUUUUAUACUGGCUCUAGUUGGAAUUUUUUUUACCAUGUUUUCAGGAAUGCUGUUCCUACUGGUAGGGCGUACAAUUUAUCUGCACUCCGAUUAAUCAGAUGUCGGCUGUUUGAAAUGUUGGAAUUAUGGCGAGGUUUUGCUGAAAAGCUAUUUUUAUACAUUAUCCCUCUUAUAGCUGUGUGUUUGCUGGUGCUAUUCUAGAUCUGCUUACGUAGCUAAUGCAAUCCCAUGCAUAUCUACUCAGAUGUAAGUCCUACUGAGUUCAGCGAAGCUUAUAUCCAGGUAUGUCCUUAUAGGAUUUGCGGUCUCAGUUAUAUAUCCUUGUCAUAAAGGAAUAGUGACAUAAAUUAGACUGUUCAAAUUCCUUCAGAUCUUGAUAAACUGUAUGCAACACAUGAGAUAUUUUGCAACUUCAUGUCUCUGUGUUGAACGCACUGGGGGACAGAUAAAAAUAUGAAAUGAUUCAUGAAAGAAUUUUGGCUUAGGGCCAAUUCAACCAUUAUCUUCUUAAUGAAGGAAUAUGCAAUGAAACCACACCUCCUGCUCAUAUAUAUUAGCCACAGAAGAAGGGAAUGGGCAGCACAGGCUGUAGAUCACCCUUCCAGUAGUCGCCUAGCAUUCACCUUGUGCCAAUGUGCCAUUCUUUUAGCAAGGCCAGAACUCUUGCCUCUUGCUUGCCACAAAUCUAGUCUCAAGUGACAGUGCUUGGCUCAUCUUAACAAUGGCUACCUUCCCUUGAUGUACGAUUGUAUUUCUCCAUGCUCAGAGUCUCCUUCCAUGGGGAAGGUUUGUGUGCUUCGAGAGGAAUUGUCACAGUCACUAAGUGAGGUGCAAGUGCUAACACUGGCUAGGUUUGCGAUGAGCGCAGGAUCUGGUCGUGGCAAAGCAACAGGAAAGUGAAUGCUGUAACUCCCAUCUGCAAGCAACUGCGAUGCUUCCUGGAAGAAUGAAACCUAUUCCCAUCUCCCUGUGGAUAACCUAAGCAAAAAUAAACCCGGUCAUGUGUGUUCCCUCAUUAGGAAAGGAAAUGUGUGAAUUAGUCCUGGUUCUGCUUAUGCAGAAGAAAGCAAGUGUCCACAGAAUCCCUUAAUCACCCGUUAUUUCUUCUUCCGGUACUUGGCAUUAGCUUUAAUAUGAACAAAUAUUUCUGCAGUUGCCCAUGUAUUGCUUUAGCCAAUGUGGCAGUAGUGCAGAAGGCCAGGUCGCUGAAUUAGUGCUGUGGUGUUGCUAUGAAUAUGGAACUGUUUGUAUGCUUUCAUGUGGUCCAAGUCAUAAACAUUCAGUGUAAUGGAACUGGGAAGUUUAUGGAUCAUUUAGUUCAGUUCCUGCAAUAGCAGAUUCCCCUUUCCCCCCUGGGCUUAACAACAAUACAUGCUUUUCUGUUGUCCGUUAUAUAUUUUUUAUUAUUUCUGCUUCCCUCUGUACUUUACGGCUUGACUUGUUUGGCCAAGUCAUCUUGACUGGUGUUCAUCAGUCACCUUCUUGCAGCCAGCCUGCUUUCUUCUUUUGACAUACAAGGAAAUCUGGGAACCAUGCAACGGAUGUGUGAAAUCUCACAAUGUGAAAAGGGUAUCUGAAACCUGCUGACAAUGUGAGAAGGUUGCCACUCCCACCACACAUGGAUGCCUGGACCUCUGAAGAAGCAGGAAGUGUGGUAAUGUGUGUCCUUCCAAAUUAGCUGGAGACUGUCAAUAACUCUGCCCCUUUCCCUUAAUAUCUAUAGGACGCUGAUGGAGAAACGGCCUGGCCUUUCAGCCAAGCCUGGUGUUGGCACCUGGAAUCUUUGGGUAGCUGUCAGGGCCCAAUUGCCUGCCCUGCACCCCCAUUUUUUCCCCAUCUGACACUCUAGCCACCUUUUUAAUUUCCCAUGAUGCUUCUGGUGUAGCACUCUUCUGGGGCAUUGAGAGAAAUUUAAAGGCUGACCAGGCCUUGUUGUUUGGUGCUGUUGGAGGGCUGCCAUCACAAGCCCACCAGGGCCCACUGACAGGGAAGGCGGCCCACCAGAAGCUACUUUGGCCAAAGAGGCGUCAUGCUUUCUGUGUUGAGUGCAACUACAUGGCCCUGUGUACCUGAAGGAGCAUCUUCACCCCCAUCGUUCAGCCCAGACACUGAGGUCUAGCUCCAGGGGCCUUCUGGUGGUUCCCUCAUUGAGUG